CAGGCUGUUGCAUGCAAGGCGACACCUGCCAUUAAAUUCAGGGAGACGGAUGGGCACAAGAACAUUCACCACCAGCGUGCUAUAUUCCCUGAGGGAAUUCGAAUACCUACGGCAUCUCGAAUGGCCAGGAACGAUCGCCGGUCCGACGCUACAGGCCAAUGUCAAAAUGGCCAACACUGAGAUCCAAUGCUGUCGUGUUGCACUCAUUAAUACCUCUUGCAGCUGUAGUCACCCACGCUCGAAUGAUCGCCCGUUCGCCGUAGAUGCGGGCGGGAUGCGCCGAUUGAUACUAAAUAGUGUAGAUUUUGGUGACCCACGAAAACCCCCGCUGGUGUCAAUCCGCUGAGUCUUCUAACACGAUCUUAUCGAGUCCCUAGCCAGCCCCCCGAUUGACUCUGUCGAGGGGGCUCUGUCAGUAUGACCAGGUUUCAGUGGGAAAACCUUGAGCAAUUUAUCAGUUUGGUCAACUUGCUAUCCCUACGCAACGAUGGCCAACUCCAACCGGGAAAGAAGAGGAUCACGAAGACAUCGACGUCUGUGGGGACGACCAAGCUGCUUGGGAUGGCAAGGAAGACGAACUCGAGCAACAUUUUCUGGACAGCCAGUCGAUACCCUGGCGAGGGUGUCAAGACAUCCUUGCUGGUUGCUCGCAAUCACGGUUUCCAGAAGCUGGAUGUGAUAUUUUGUGGCAAGCUUGAAAGGCUGCUCGCUGAUAUCGGCGCGUCCGUGCAGGAAGAAACAGACAGUAGUAUCCGUGAGGUCAAGCGCACGGAACUUUGGAAGGAGUUGGUGUGCUACAACCAACCUCGCCUCGAUAAGGACGCGAAUAGGCUAUGCACACAUUUGCGAGUGUUCAAGACUAGUGGAUCUCUGGACAGCAUCCUUUCUUAUAAUGACUCCGAGUGCAGAACCUUCUGCGACGACCAUCGCAUCGGACCUUACUCAGAGGCAACUCACGAGGCCUACAUGAAGGUUGUCCAGGAGCGUAUUCUUGAACCAGAUAACAUUCUUUGCUCAGGCGAUAGUACAGCUAAACGACGCCGCCUGACUGAAUGUACCCACUCCAUUCGGCGAAUGCGAUCUCUUUGGAUAUUCCUCCUUUCCUUCCCGAAGGUUUCUGCCGGGCAUAGGCUCUUGGAUAUCCGUUCCUCGGACCGUCUAAGGUCGUGCUAUUAUAUGCUCGUGAAUGCUGCUCUCAAGAUUCCAGAAUUCGCCCAACUGACCAUUGUUCUUGUGAAGAACCUCCGGCCUCGCGUCUGUCCGUCCACUCUUCCCCCAUUGACUGAUGCAAUGAAAUUCUUUGGCGGGAUUUGA